CCAUUCCGAGGACCCUGCAUCUGCCCUACUGAGUGGUCUGAGCCUCCUGGGGGAAGGUGGGUCUCAGGGACGAGGGUCCAUGGUGGAUGGCUCUGGAGACGCUCCCGAGGCUGUGCCAUCCCCUGCCACACAAGUCAGAGGGUCACUGCAGAGUCUGCUCGGCCAGGGCUGGGGCCAAGGGAGCCCGCACUGGAGUCCCAUGUGGAACCCAAGGAUGCAGCCACCCUGCUGAGAGCUUGGUGGCCCACCCUUCAAGACUGUGACCUUGCAACGGUGGCCCUCGGCCCUUCACUUCGGGCAGGGGUGGUGGCUGCCCACCUCCAAGCCCCCAGCCAUGACAACCUCCGCGCUCCGUCGCCAAGUGAAGAACAUUGUGCACAAUUACUCUGAAGCAGAGGUCAAGGUGCGUGAGGCCACCAGCAAUGACCCCUGGGGCCCUCCCAGCUCGCUCAUGUCGGAGAUUGCUGACCUGACCUUCAACACAGUGGCCUUUGCCGAGGUCAUGGGCAUGCUGUGGCGGCGGCUCAACGACAGUGGCAAGAACUGGCGGCAUGUGUACAAGGCACUGACGCUGCUGGACUACCUGCUGAAGACAGGCUCCGAGCGCGUGGCCCACCAGUGCCGCGAGAACCUCUACACCAUCCAGACGCUCAAGGACUUCCAGUAUGUUGACCGCGACGGCAAGGACCAGGGUGUCAAUGUGCGUGAGAAGGUCAAGCAGGUGAUGGCCCUGCUCAAGGAUGAGGAGCGCCUGCGGCAGGAGCGUGCCCACGCCCUCAAGACCAAGGAGCGCUUGGCACUGGAGGGCAUGGCCAUUGGCAGCGGGCAGCUGGGCUUCAGCCGCCGUCACGGCGAGGACUACAGCCGCUCGCGAGGUUCCCCGUCCUCCUACAACUCCUCCUCCUCAUCCCCCCGCUACAACUCUGACCUGGAGCAGGCGCGACCUCAGACGUCAGGAGAAGAGGAGCUGCAGCUGCAGCUGGCCCUGGCCAUGAGCCGCGAGGAGGCCGAGAAGCCAAUCCCCCCAGCCUCUCACAGGGACGAGGACCUACAGCUGCAGCUGGCUCUGCGCCUGAGCCAGCAGGAGCACGAAAAGGAGGUGAGGUCCUGGCGGGGAGAUGACUCCCCCAUGGCCAAUGGUGCAGGAGCUGCCAUCCGCCGUCGGCAGAACAGAGAGCCUGAGAGAGAAGAGAGAAAGGAGGAGGAGAAGCUGAGAACCAGCGAGGGCUUGGGCAUCCGGGACCACGUGGGGCAGGUGCAGGGGGCUGGGCACUCCUUGGAGGGGCAGCAGGAGACCUGGGGUGGAGGUUGA